AUGCGGCGGUUGACAAAUCGCACCAGCAUGUUGAUGCCGAAGUUUUCCGUCGUGGAAAGCGAGAUAGAAGAUUUUGCUGACGGUGCAGCGGCAGCGAAAAUGAACCGGUCUCGCUUCACGAAGCAGUUUUCCCAGGAACAACAAGGCGACGGUGGUGUAUUUGGCAAGGAGAUGAGGGAUUAUGACAGUGCAGCUUCUGCAGCAGAGGCUCGUGCUCUUCCCAAAGAAAAGCAUCCUGCUUGCGGCAUUCCGACGGGAG